AUGGGAGAGGCGACGGUUAUCUUUAUCCAGUCCACCGCUCACUGGGAAGCCAUCCAGAAGCAGCGGGUCCAGGUGGAAGGAGCCUCCGCCGCUUCAUCUCAACCACCUGCCAUUCCCGAACCUUUCUCCCUCGAUGCCACCACCAAAUCUAAAAAGAAGAAACGAUUCGUUCCCCAGAGAGAAUCUCUAGCACGUCGCAACCGUCUUCUCGUUGGCAAAGAGGGCAGUCGUCGUCGUCAACGUUGGGAUAACAACAAUUUUUCAGAUCACCCUUUCGCCGUUCUACAUCCGGACGAUCUUCGUCCCCCUGGCUACAGCCACCAGCGUCCUUCGUUUCACUGGACAGAUGAGGAUGCCGCAGUGAUUUUGGAAGCGGAAUACGAAUUCUGGGAUGAAAAUCAUCCUGAUCUGAAUGGAGCAUGUACUGCGCCUCUUACACGCAGUGUGCGACAAGAUUUGAAAAAGAUGCAUAUUCCUAAAGGUCUCGUCAUUUUCUAUGAAAAUCAAUUGCUCGAUUUUAUGCAACAGAUGCAAAUGGUCUCGCUCGACACAUCCACACCUUACAUGCAGUGGGAAAUCGGUGAUGCAUUUGCACGGUGGAUUGUGCAUGCUCUUUGUCGUUACUAUGGACUGGUUUCCCUGAGUAAAACGCUAAACGAUGGUCGACGUGUCACCUUUGCCUGUCAUAAAGCCCAUCUCGAUUGUGUCCUUGGCAAUCAGCACACCCCAAUAGACGCCGCUGAAACGUUAGAAUGGGACAUGCCGGCCAUGUCGUUCUAUGACUAUUUAUUCAAUAGAACCUUAUGA